CGACAGGCGUAAUUCUGACAUUCGACAGGCGACUACCGCCUGCGCUGCUGCAAACCAUCUGCCUCGUUGCUAUGGCGACUAUGACCAUGCGUGCGAAGCUGCACCUCUCCAUCUACACAGUCAGCAAUGGCUUAUAAAAACUCCACGAGCGCACUGCUUGAUGAUUCUCUUCCUAACUGGGCUCUUAUUGAUGAGAUCUCACUUCCUUUACUGGAGAGUGGCCUCGCACGAUUUUCCACUCUUCAAGCAGUGCUACCUUCAAUCCUAGCUUUCGAUGCAAAUUCGCAAGAAGCAGCUCAACGAAGUCAGAAAUUGCUACGGAUUUCUCAAUUACAAAUAGAGCAUCUAUUGAAUUCACAACAUCAUUUGUUACAACAAGUUGCAAAGCUUGAUGAAGAACUGAAAAUUAGAAGAAAAGAGGUAAAACAAUUGAAGGCCAACGCCGUACAAGAAACUGCAUCCUUUUUUCAAUGCUCCUCAUGUGGAAAAAUCUUCCUCAAUCAGGAAUUUUUGAGCAGCCAUCUGAUGCGAAGACACAGCGAUCAACAAUGCAACUGCGUCAGCGGAUCGUUCUAG